CCCUCAUCAGCUAGCCUCUUAUCUAGCCAUCCCAUCUUCAUCGAGUCGAACUACUCACCAUAACCAACAACUACACACACGCCAGACAAGCCAACAGACAGAAAGCCCCAAAAUGAAACUCCAGUUGCAGUUGAACCCCACCACCACCCUCCUCCUCUCCACACUUGCGUUCCAACUCGCCCGCGCAGACCUAAGCUACUACUGCGAAAUGGCCAAAGACGGCACAAACAUGAUCCAGAAGGCCUACUGCUGCGAUGAUCUGGUGCCUGCGCGCUACGCGGAGAGUUUCUUGCAGGGGGACAAGUGUACGCCUGCGGAUCCGAAGACGGUGGGGGAUAAGUGUCCGAAUGAUGGGAUGAUGCCGGUUUGUUGUUAUACCAUUGAGCAUGUGUUUAUUUGUACUUCGAAUGGGUAUGUUCAGGAUUUGUAGGGCAAACGGGGAGUGUAUAUGGUAGAUAGAUGGAGGGUAUGGUGGUCGGGAUACGGAUUGUGUAUUGCUGCUUGGUUAUGUUACUUGGCUCCUAAUAGGGCUACCGGCUGCUACCUGUGCCUUUUGAUGGACACGAGCAAGG